CAUAUGAAAGGAAAGACACAACCACACCUCUCAAACUGAACUCAGGAUCGAGAACAACAACAACACAACAAAUGGGAAAUUCACCUCCAGCACCACCACCACCACCAAGUCCCGAAUUGAAACAAUCAUGGAGGGACAUGUCUUGGGAUGACAGAGACAAGACCUUAAAAGAACUGAAGGAAUUCAAGCCAGCAAACCCAAAGGUGGAACGAGUGAGAAUCCUCCUGCAUGGACCAAUUGGUGCUGGGAAGUCCAGCACAAUCAACUCCAUCAAUAACAUCUUUCAAGGACAUAUAACAACUGAAGCUCUGGCUGAUUCCACUGGGGGACACAGUUUCACCAAAACACUCAAAACCUACUACAUAGAGGAUCGAAGCAGUUCUGGGUCCAGUUAUGCCUUCACCUUCACUGAUAUCAUGGGCCUGGAAAAAAAUGGAGGAGUGCAUCAACGAGACAUUGUUCUUGCCCUAAAAGGCCAUAUAAAAGAUGGCUACAAGUUCACCCCUGACUCUCCCAUAUCAGAAGAUGAUCGAUGUUACAAUAAAAGCCCCAGCCUGAGAGACCGGAUUCACUGCCUGGUCACAGUGUUGACAGCAGACAAACUGUCCUUCAUGGAAGAGGAAGUGAUCAAAAAACUGAGAGACAUCCGCCUGGAAGCCAGCGAUAUGGGGAUUCCUCAGGUGAUUCUCUUGACCAGGGUGGAUAUUGCUUGUGAGCUGGUGCAGGGGGACCUGAGAAAGGUGUACAGAAGCAAAUACAUAAAGCAGCAGAUGGAGAAAUGCCAUACUCUGCUGGGUACACCAUUAAACUGCAUCCUUCCUGUGAAGAACUACAGCCAGGAAAUUGAUCUGGUCAAAGACGUUGAUGAGCUGUUGCUGAAAGCCCUGAGGCACAUUGCCAACUUUGCAGAUGAUUAUGUGAGGAAAAAACCUCAUAAUCAAAUGCAUUAAAAUUUAAAAAUACACCAAAACAUGUAUUAAAAUCAUAGAUCAUAAUGGGGUAGACCAGUUUAUGCAGUUUCAAGAAGAUGUAGCACGCUUAAUGGUUGAAAAAUUGUUACUGAACUAAUUGUUGGAAAG